UUAAAGUCAUUUCUCUGUUGAAUUACAAACGAUUCGAAAUAAAAUCAAAUAAGCAAAUUAUUAUUGUAAGUAAAUGUUUCGUUUGUUGGCCGGAACUGAGCCAGAAUUAUCCUCCGGCAAUCUUCAAGAGCCCUUAAGUUUACGGGAUGAGCUCCGCUUCCGUAGACUUGGCUUACAUCAUCAUUCUCCCACGGACUUCCUACGUUCGCAAUGGCAGUCUGGGCCAAAAUCUUCUAUUUUCUUGGCUUACCGAUGGGCAUUAGGCGGAUUCUUCGGUGCCGGCGUGGUCGGUUGUAUUUCUGAGUACUACAACAACGGAAAUUUUUUUAUAUUCUUGACCAACUGGGGAUUUGUGUUGUGUGGCGUUACCAGUAUUGCCGGAGCAAUACUUGUGACUUUCUAUCACUACAAGCCGGAAACCUGGGUUCCCCCGAGUUGCUUGAUUAAGGUUUAUUGGGCUUGCUAUUGGACUAACAUCACAUUGGCGUGCGUAAUUGCAUUCGCCUAUUGGACAGCUAUAUAUCCCAAGGAUCGGGUGUUAACUAAUCCGACUCGGGUUUCCGAUUUGUAUAACAUAUGGACUCACUUGCUGCCACCUAUUUUCUUCACCAUCGAUAACUUUCUGGUGGCGCAACCAGCCCGACUUCUUCACUUUGUAUAUCCACUGGCAUUCCUCCAUACUUACGGAAUAUUCGCAAUACUAUUCUAUGCCCUGGGCGGUCGUAACUUAGACGGAAAACACUAUAUAUAUCCGUUUUUGAAUUUUGCUAGGCCAAAGAUAGUUUUAAAAACCGUAACAUAUCUCAGUAUAGUUCUGGUGUCCUUGUCCAGUCUCGAAUAUGGAGUCUACCGACUACGCAAUUUCAUAGCACGCAAGCUGGGAUAUCUUUAGUGAUGGUUUUGAUGCUGUGCUGCCAUUCUUAUAACUGCAUUAAAGUCAUGCGUGCACAAUCUUCAGAAACAAGCAUACAGACAGAAAAAUGGGUAGUUUGCAGAAAAUAUUAGCGUUCCGACUACGAGACACCCUCUGAAAAGGCUAAACACGAUAUACUUCAUUUGUUCACACGAACUGGGUACUAUCAGAGAUACAGAACAAGCAGAGAUAUCAAAACAAAUUUUGCUUAUUUGUCCUCUGAUAUGUCGGACUUGUUUUGUUGUUUACGCCGCUUGCACGUGUCUGGAAAAUUAAAAGCUCUGCUGCUGCAACUCUGCCUCGUC